CUGGUGCCUACUGACCUGAAUAUUCCAAACAAUCCAGCCUCGAAGAGCUUCUUGGAAACAGGUGUCUACAACGAAAAUCCACCGAUCACCGCAUUCGGUAAGCAAAUACAACCAUCCAGUUUGACAGCUCGUGCUUUGUCCAAUCGUGGUGUCAGGUCAAAGCGGCUCAUCUGUUCUCCGGCACUUCGAUCUAUCCAGACUGCUGAAGCAUUGGCGAAAUUUUUGAAAGCAAAAAUAGCUGUGAGUCAUACGGGUGGUGUCAUUUUGACACGGAUUAUGACACCCUUCCGAUUGCAGAUAGAACCCGGACUAAUGGAACCUCUUGCGUGGUAUCGUGCUACGAAUAAGAAAAUGCCAGAAUUUCAUUUGGGGGAGUUGGUCAAGUCAUACCCAAUAGACACUUCUUAUUCUCCCAUAUAUACAAUGGAGACGUUAUCGAAAAACUACGACAAGGAAGCAGAAAGAGAUGGUUUGGCACGUACAGAUUUUGUUCUGCGUACCCUGGGCCAAGAAAAACGCGACGACUCGUUGAUUUUCGUCGCUCACGCUGUCACUCUUGCGGUUGCCGCCUCAAUAGCUACGUCAAUACCACUGGUUGACAAGGGAGAAGGAGAAACAAUCGACCAGGUCAGCCUGGGACUGAGAUUCCCGCCGGGUGCUGUCGUCGCGGUUCAGGUGAAUAGCGACGGUCAAUCGGCAACGUAUGAGCUUUGCCCUGGUGUUGUACCACCGCUUUCCUAUGGAGAACUCUACACGAACAGACCAGUCUUUGAAGCUGCAGUAUAA